GCUCAUGGGAGGCGGUUCCAGACUUUAACUGGACCGUGAGACUUUUCGAGAAGACAUCGAAGUUUUUCCAAAGCUGACAAACCCCAAAAUUGAGUGGUAUUAUUAUCUUAUGUGGCGUUUUCUUGUGACAAGUUACACAACCAGUAUUUAAGCUGUGACUAGCCGGUAUGCCAAACGUGAAGAAAAUGAGAUUCGGCCCUGAUUGUGCCUCAAAGUAAGUCUACGUCUGAUUGGGCGUUUGUUAGGAAGUUCAGAGUGUAAGGGAACAUCCCAUUGGUAGAGUAUAGCCACUCCAUGUGUUCCAGUCUUGCUUAUUGUAAACUUAGACAAUGAAACCGUAAACUUCGUGGUUCAUUGUCAACAUUGUUUUACUCUUCAAGACUCUUCAGAACUCAGCGCGUUCGUCCUCGAACGUAGUCGUGAGUCCAUGUUUGGGGGCAGCCCGACACAUUUAAUUCAAUGGAGCUUGAGGGCCAAUGGUGGAAAGGACAACUUGCAGGAGACAUACACCAGGCUCUCCGCCUCAAGGAGCUCAAGCUGCCUGUUUACAAAGGUCAGUCUCCACAACUCAACUUGAGGCGCUAUUUUGCUGACCUCAUAGCAGUAGUGAGCAAUCGCUUCAAGCUGUGCCCAGCAGCCAGGCACCUUGCAGUUUACCUGUUGGAUCUCUUCAUGGACCGCUAUGACAUCUCUGUGCAGCAGCUUCACAUCGUCGCCCUAUCCUGUUUACUCUUGGCUAGCAAGUUUGAGGAGCGAGAAGACAGAGUCCCCAAGCUACAAACACUGAACAGCCUAGGUUGCAUGAGCUCCAUGAGCCUGGUCCUGAGCAGGCAGGGACUCUUACAUAUGGAACUUCUGCUCCUGGAGAGCUUCCAGUGGAACCUGUACCUCCCCACAGCUGCCCACUUCAUUGAGUAUUAUUUGUCAAUAGCAGUCCAUGAAGGGGACCUGCAUGAUGGCUGGCCCAUGGUCUGCCUGGAGAAGACGGUUCUUUACAUGAGCAAGUAUGCAGACUAUUUCCUAGAGGUCUCAUUACAGGACCACCUUUUCCUAAGCUUUGCGCCGUCUUUGGUGGCGGCUGCUUGCGUGGCAGCCUCUCGCAUCGUCCUGCACCUGUCCCCAACGUGGCCCAGCCGUCUCCACCACCUCACCCUGUACCCAUGGGAACACUUGGUGCCCUGUGUUGAGAGGUUACUUGUUGCUCACGACGGUGACCUGAAAGAGGCGAACAAGCAAAAGUGCCAGCACUCGACGUCCCAGGCCUCCCAGGUGGUGUUCCAGACACAGCCCCAGAGCACCGCUCAGUACCUCCAGAGGUCCGCGCUGCAGUACACCCAGCCAAACCAUUCGCAGCCUGGGCUCUCCCAGGCCCAUGGGCCAUCCCCCUACCUGACUCACGCCACCACGCUGCAAUCCAGCGGCACCCUGGGACAGGGGCAGACCAUCUCCGCUCCACUGGACCCAAAGGGGAACCUGCCCUCCCGGGGCUAUCAGUUGAACGCACUGUAUACCUGUGCCACCCCCCAGUUUGAGAGGUGAUUGUGGCCAUGACAGGUGUGGACAUGAUUAAGUCAAGGUUACAAAGCUACCCCCACCACCAUCUUACCUCUGACUGGAAGGAUUAACUGAUUAAUUUCAGCUGCUAAGCAAUGUUCUUUUAAAAAAAAAAAAAAUGACAGAAGGCAGAAACAGAAGGCAACUGGUAAAGAAGUGUUUUUUCAGCAUUACAUUUGGUGCUGUACAAAGUCAGGGCAUGCAAAUGUGCAUAGGUGCAAUAGUAACUGUUUAUUUUUUGCCUUUAAUCCACUGAUUGUUUUUGUGGGGUUUUGUUUACCUCUCUUCCAGGAAAUCAUGUGAUUAUGUUAAAGUGUAUUUUUCAAUGCAGACUUCACGAGAAACAUAGGUGUAAAGCCAUUUUUACAAGUAGGUCUAGUUGUUUUUUUGUGCGCUGCUACCUCAGAAGCAUUGAAUGUAGACUGUUGUCCUGUGAACCAAACCAAGUGCACUUUGAUUCAUUAUGUUUUUAAUAAAAACACGGCAGGGUGACUAUGAACAGCUCA